AUGUUUUCAAGUGGAUGUAGUAAGCUUGACGGCUUUUCGUCAAAGAAUAAAAUCCAGCGUCAUCAUGGGGAUGGUACUCAAACAAUUAUUUGUAUGGGGCGUCCGUUUCGUGUGGAACGAAGGAUAACUUCUACAAACUCAGGAUGUGGGCGCCGUCGCUCGAAGAACCGUAACGAUGGGAAUUCCUUUGUUUAUCUUGUCGAGAACAGCUCCCGCCUCUCGGAGUUCCCUAUUUAUUUAGUCCUUAAGCGCGUCUUCUAUAGCGUGAGCCAGAUCACCGAUGCGCACAAGGAAAUAGGCAUUCUAUCGAGCAUUAAGGACAAAAACAUUGUUCGAGUCUUUCACAAUGAGAUUUCGCGUAGUGAGGGGAAGAUCAGUGUCACGAUCGCGAUGGAAUACUGUGAGAACAACUUGGCAAGACGAAUCUCCAGCGGGACGAACAACGGCGCUGGAACGCGGCUUUCCGAAGCCGAAAUCUGCCACAUCCUUUUCGCCAUCACAAGCGCCCUAGGCUACCUGCACUCCCUUCAGCCGCCUAUCGCGCAUCGGAAUAUCACCCCGGGGAACAUCCUUAUUAACAACAACCUGACAGGCCCCUUAGCGUACAUGCUCACCAACUUCGAGAGCGCCACGACGGAGGCCUAUGAGUGCGCGAACCGAGCGGAGGCCGCGAUGGCGCUUGAGGAUAUUGAAAGCCACACCAAUGUGACCUUUCGCUCGCCCGAGAUGGCAGACCCGUGGAGCAAACGACGGAUUAGCCAGAAAUCGGAUAUGUGGAUGGUAGGGGUGCUACUCUAUUACCUCAUCUACCUCAAACUUCCUUUCGAGGGGACGAAUAUGGCCCUAAGUCGGGAUCCCAAGCCCUAUUUCCCGACGACGAUGGGGGCCACCGCCUACACUGGCUCCCUCCGCACCAUUAUGACCCACCUUCUUGAGGCGAAUCCGGAGGACCGGUGGGAUGUCUUCGCCCUGACGAACUUCCUCCGCUUUGACGAGGAUCUCAACCGCCAUCUCGGGACCUUUUGCUUCACCCGCACCGAAUACCCAGAGGGCUGGGAGGAACAGGAGGUGAAGGUGGUGGAUCGCCCUGCUUUGGCUAAACGACCUUCACGUGCGUACGACGAGGCGGGAGGGCCCACCGCGGGGGAACCAACCCUCCCUCCGAGCGAGUUCGAUGACGCCGUGCAAGAGGUGAUGCUCGUGAUGGGCGAUCAGACCGCUGGUGCUAACCUCAGCAGCGAGGACCGAGAGGAAUAUCGAAAGAUGAUUAUUAAAGAGCAGGAGGAGGCGUGGGAGCGAGCGAAGGGCGCCGCCCCCUCCCCCGCUCCGGAAACGUCAGCGACAGACGACUUUGAUGAUCUGUUUGUGGGACCGGUUGAAAAGGGGCUGGGGAAUCCACAGGCACCGGCGCCCCGCCCUCCACCAGUUCACCCUUCCUCGGUAUCGAAGCCAAUAGAUCCUUUUGGCAGUGAUGGAAUCUUCAGUGCUCCUCCUCCUCUUCCACAGGUGGUGGAUUCAUUGUUCUCACAGCCACAGACUGUCUGGGGGAAUAUGAGUGAUAACCAUCCGGUAAACAAUAAUCAUAAUGGGGGGGGGUACGGCUACUACAACAUCGCUGCGCAGCCUCAAGGGGUGCAGAACCUAACCAACCAAGAGAAGCAGAAGGAAGAGAACGGUACGGACUAUAAUAAUACGCCUGCCCUGGGAGGCUUCGAUGCGUUUGACGGUGAAUUUUAUCCACCACCGCAGCCCGCAUAUCCCCGAUCUGCGUCGCCAGCGAUGCCCCAGAUUAGUAUCGAUUUUCUUUCACUUCCUUCUGAUCAAUAUCACCAGCAGCAGCAGCCGAUGGAUAAAACAAGCAAAGAACCAAACAAUUCAACACAAAAGGUUAAAAAAGACCCCUUCGCAGACCUUUUACUGUAA